UGCCGCUGGCCCGGAAGCGCUCGGGCGCCGGCGGCGCGGGCGCGAUUGAGCGCAGGCGCCGGCCUCCGGGCGCAAUGGUCUUCCUCACCGCGCAGCUCUUGCUGCGGAACCGCGUCACCGACCGCUACUGGCGGGUGCAGGAGGUGCUGCAGCACGCGCGGCACUUCCGGGGACGGAAGAAUCGCUGCUACCGGUUGGCGGUCAGAGCGGUGACCCGAGCGUUUGUGAAAUGCACGCGGGCCCGCAGACUGAAGAAGAGGAUCAUGCGGACGCUCUGGAUUAAUCGAAUUACAGCUGCAUCCCAGGAACAUGGCCUGAAGUACCCAGCAUUCAUUAUCAACUUAGUUAAGUGCCAGGUGGAGCUCAACAGGAAAGUGCUUGCGGAUCUAGCCAUCUAUGAACCAAAGACUUUUAAAUCUUUGGCUGCUCUGGCCCAGAGGCGACGACAGGAAGGUUUUGCUGCUGCCUUGGGGGAUGGGAAGGAACCUGAAGGUGUAUUUUCCAGAGUGGUGCGGUACCAUUGAGAGGCUCUGGCACGGCUUGCCCCGGGCGGCUGAGUGUCUUAAGAAAACGUUUUUCCCCCUGAUGAUCGGUAACUAACACGGGCUAACAAUUAUGUCAAUAGUUUGCAAGUUUGGUUUGUAGUUGUUUUCAUUUCAGUAACAGGUGUGAGAGAAAAGCUAUGACUUCCCUCAUUGGAACAGAUCAGAAGUACCUCACGUAGAUUGUGUGAAUAAAGUUUGUGUGGUCAGCA